GAAAACUCGCAGACACAAACGUAGCUCCUAGGGAGAGGGAGAGUGUGUUCAAUUUCGACUACGUUUCCUUGUUCAUCUUCUGUGCUGUGAGCUAUUUAAACCCAUCUGUGAUCGAAAUACCAUCGAUUGGGGCCUUGCCGUUUGGACGUUGAAUCGGGACCGUCUCGGCGUUCGCUCGUUACCCGACGGAAAAAUGCAGACGGUGGUGGCGAACCGGCCCUAUUGCAAGUUCCACCAAACCCCAGAACCGCCAUCUUCUUCUUCCGCUACCAAGCAGAGUUCGAGAAUUCUUGGAGCUCAUGUAUGGCUGUUGAAGGGGAUUGGUCCGUUGCCGCAGGCGUCGUGCCGCUUCAUGCCGGUUUGGACCCCUACUCCUAUGCGAAGACGAGUUGUGAAGGCCGUUGCUACACCUGAUUCAAUGGUGGAACUUCCACUGACAGCAGAGAAUGUGGAGAGUGUGCUCGAUGAAAUCCGACCCUAUCUAAUUUCUGAUGGGGGUAAUGUUGCAUUGCAUGAGAUCGAUGGCAAUGUCGUGAGGUUGAAGUUACAAGGAGCAUGUGGUUCUUGUCCUAGUUCUGUAAUGACGAUGAAGAUGGGCAUUGAGCGUCGUCUGAUGGAGAAAAUUCCUGAAAUUGUUGCAGUGGAACCAAUUGCAGAUGAAGAAACUGGCCUUGAGAUGAAUGAGGAAAACAUAGAGAAGGUUCUUGAAGAGAUAAGGCCAUACCUUGUUGGUGCAGCAGGCGGAUCACUUGAGCUAGUGGCAAUUGAAGAACCAAUAGUUAAAGUUAGAAUCACUGGUCCUGCAGCUGGGGUCAUGACUGUUCGAGUUGCUGUCACGCAGAAACUACGAGAGAAAAUUCCAGCCAUUGCGGCUGUCCAACUUCUGUGAUGUUGACAGCAUUGGGUGAUAUGAAAGGUGUAAAGCACAAGUCUUCUUGUAGAAACAAUUUUUAUCACUAGAGGCACAUGCAAAUAAUCUGUCUACAUUUCAAACCUCACCCGAUCAGUGCAGUAAAUUGUGUACAGUUUUGAGAAGCUCUUAUUUUGAAGGCAGAGAUAAUUUAGUCA